CGCAUGUUUUCAUCUGUCAAAGGAAAACAACAAACCUUUGCCGGUUGUACAGUGGAACCAAAACAUCCCGCACAAAAAUGGGCUUUCGAACGAAAUUUGUGCAAGAUCUGUGCACAACCGAUACGGAAAUUUACGAGCAGCUGCUACAGUUCGCACUUAACGAGCACAUCUUCCUGCAGAAUGUGCAAAACCUACGGAAACUAUCGCUCGAAGCCCUGGUGUACGUGUUGCUGAUGAAGCAACGUGGAAAGUUACCCGACGUGAUGCUGAGUGGGGAAAAGUUCAGUCUCAAAACAAUCAUGUCCCUCAUCCAACAGAACCAUUUGCGACUGCAGGGAGACAGUGAAACUUCCCGAUGGAUCUUGAGCGCUCUAGCACUCACGGUGCUGACCGCAAACGAUUCCGAAGCGGUACAUUCGGAACUGGACAUGUUUGUGAAACGGUUCGAUCACGAGCUGCACGAAAUACCACUGUACUAUGAUGUGCUUCAAACGUUCCUCAUUUUAGCGAAGGAAGAUGCCGAGCUAAUGCCGCACUGCUGUCAGCUGAACGGUGAGCAGAUGGUUCGUAGGCUAACGUCGGAAUCGAAAACCAUCCGGAUGAAAGCAUUGGCCUGUCUGCAAACGCUGCUAGAAUUCAAUUCCAACCUGUCAGGGAAGUGGCUGUGUGUGCUGCAAAGUCCGAACCUGAUGAUUGAAAACAAAGUGUUUCUGCUGUUCCAGCUGCUGGAAACAUUGCUACGUACAGGUGGCAAGGAAGCGGACAUACAGCAUACCCUGCAGCUGGACCACGUUUGGAGACUAGUGAUCGAAGGCAUCACCACCAAGGAUGCCGUGUGCCGGAAGGAAACGCUAGCCACUGUCCAGCAUGCCAUCGGGUACGCGCAACAGUGCGAGCUAGAUUUAGCCGGACAGUAUUUCAGCUGGUCGCAGGACACAUCCGCACAGCUCACCAACGCUUGGCAGUCGUUCGUGACCAUAGUGGAGGCGCUGAAUGAAUCGCAAACCCACCUAAUACUACCAGCACUGGAGAUGAUAGAGAAGGUGCAACCGCUGCAUGUCGCAUGGAGCAACGUUCUGCUGCGCUUGAUACUGCUCCACGAGAAUGGACGAGUCGUGAACUACGGAUUGAACUACUUUCUCCAGCACCGCUCGUUCGAUCCUACCGAGACGGAGCUGGAAAAACAAUUUCUUGAAGCGUUCAACCGAGCGGCACUGCUAGAAAAUGUGCAGGAAAUGAUCACGAAGCUAAGCGCGUACUACGGGAAGCGGGAAACGUUCGCUUAUCUCGUGCAAACGCUACCGGAAAUUGAAUGGAAAUCGGUACAGUACUACUGUCUCGUCCGUGUCAUCCACAACGGGGCGGGUGAACUGGCCGGCGAAUGCAAACGCUUGAACGAAGCGACUACAAUGCUACGAUCCCUCACGAACUGUGCUAAACUAUGCCACGCCAUUAAAAACGUUGCCCUGCGAUUCGUUACAUUCGUGCUGCUGGUGAAAAGCGUGAAUCACUUCAGCGAACCAACGACCGACCCCGGACUACUGCUUGCUGUGGUGGCGGAAAUGGAAAAAUUUACGCCCAUUUUCUCAAUCUCGCUGGACCAGUUCCAAUCUGAGGCUGGCUGGACGUUCUGUGACCAUAUUGCUGACACAGCGCUAAUGCCGCUGCUCGAGCAGGUUACCGUUGCGGACACGUUCUUCGUCGAGCAAGUGUUGGCGAGCCGGAUUGUAGAGCACGGGUGUAUCAAAAACGAGCAACUGUUUGACGUACUGAUCGAUGCGAACUUUUCCGUUUGCUUGAAAGUGUUUCAACUUUUCCCCACGCUAGAUCACUUGCUCCGUCGGAAGAUUUCGGGUAUCGUUCACUCGACGAUAAGCAGCAUAAAGGUGGGCAGCAAAACAAACGUCCCAAUUCCACACAAAACGUUCACGCUGCUUGCGGAAAUGUUCCAUUUGAAUAGCGCCCAGCAUCUAUCGACCGAGUUGGACAGUGAGCUGAACCUGCUGCGGCUGCAUCUGGAGGAAAUCGUUUCCGAACGGUUGCAAUGCUUCGAUUAUGCGCAAGCGAGUGCAAAAGAAACGAUACAACUAACGCAUCUAAUAGCAGCGCAAGGCGAUUUCGACCGUACGGUGCAUCGGUUCUUUGCCUCCGUCUCGCUGAAAGAGCUCGAAACGAGCUUCGGACGCUAUCAGUCAGAGCAACCACCAUCGAUCGAUCAGCUGUACGUGAUGAUUGCGGAAAUUUAUCUGCACUGCCGCCAGCGCAGCCCCAGCUACUCGAAAAUGUUCACAUCGGAAGCCUGUUGGUCGAAACUAAUCAACCUGCUCGAUGUUGGUAACAUUCACGUGCUAACCGUCGUGAUCGAUAUACUUCAAACUGAUGGUGAAAAGAUAGGAUCGGACUGGUACGACGAUGAAGCACUCCUGCCGGUGGUGGAUCGCUGUUACAGUGAAAUCUUAAACUACCGCAAAUCCGAUCACUUUAUGCGGCUGAUGGAAAAGUUUGUGCGCAUGCUGUUUCAACCGUACGUUGGCUGCCGGCCGGAAACGAUCGAACGCGAGGAGAUCACCAUUUCCUGCUUCGUUACCGGCUACGUGGGCAAGCUGCUCGAGCAGGCCAGCACGAUCGGCGGGCUGGCGAAUGUCGUGUACGAAAGCAUGUACCGUUUGCCGGUGGAGCUGUUGCUCGAUUGGCUCGGCUUCGAUAAGCUGCUGCUGCAGGGCAUCAUCUUUGGAGAGGUGCCGAAGCGCGAACAAAAGCUGGAAUCGGACGUGAUCGAUGCCUGCGGUGUGCCUUUACCCUUCAAACAACACUCCCGGCACCAUCUGGCCCAAGCGGACGCGCGGGUUCGCGUACUGUGCGUGCUGGUGCUGUAUCGGAUCGCGAGCACCAACCACCCGGUAGCGGUCCUGUUCCUGCUCAAGGUGGAGCGCAUGCUGAUCGAACGCUUCGCGCAACUAACAAAAGCGAAGGAACGCUACUACGCCGACUCCAUCACGCACCGGCAGAAGCUCCGCAUCGUGCAAGCGCUGUGCGUGGUGCUGAAGCUGACCGGCACCCAGCCGUACCCGGUGCUGAACGCAAUGCUGUACGAAACGAACCAGCCCAACAUUAACUACCUGUUCGAGCUGAUCGUGGCGGACAGCACGAUCGACACGCUCACCGUCUGGAACACGCUGCGCAACGAGCAGGUGAAGGUGUCGGGCAUACAGUCCGUGUUCGUCAUACUGUGGCUGCGCUGCUGCCGGGAGCAGGCGCUCGACGAGCAGUACAUCAAUCUGCUGCUGCCCUGGACGAUGGCACAGAACUUCUCCACCCGGCUGUACGCCCAGAUCACGAUCAAGAAGCUGCUGGAGCGGUUCGCCCAGCACAACCGUGGGCCGCUCCGGCAGAUCUACGACGCGGUCAACAGCUACCUGCGGCAGGGCAAUGUGGAGCGCAACAUUGAGCGGUGCAUGAAGGACUUCCGCUUUGGCGGCGUGCUCGACGGCCACAAUUUACUAACGCUCGCGAACGUGUUCCACAACAUACCGAAGGUUUCGGACGCACCGGCGGAGGAUGUGGUCGGGAUGGACGUGCUGCUCGAAUGCAUCCAAGCGCACGACGGUGGCUGUGGAGCGAAAAAUCUGGGCCAGGUGCUUGAGUUUCAGACACUGCCGGCGGAAAAGCGGGAAACCCUGUUCCUUGCCCAAUCGUUCGGUGGGUCGGAUUUCGUGCAGCGCAAGAUAGUGCCGCUAAAGAGCUUGGAACCGAACCCGGAACUGCUGCUCGGUUUGCCGCAACAUUUGUGCGCUAAAAAGAUGGAUUGCACCGAUGGACUGAUCGUGGUGGCCAGUCUCGUUAAUCGUGCACCCAACCUCGGCGGGCUUGCACGAACGGGGGAAAUAUUUGCGAUCAAGCAGCUGGUGAUCAACUCACUGCAAGACAUUGGCAACAAGGAGUUCCAGGCGCUUAGCAUGACGGCCGAAAAGUGGCUCAAGAUUGGCGAGCUGAAAACACACAGAGUGGUUGAAUAUCUGCGCGAGAUGAAGGAAAAAGGGUACGCGGUGGUGGGGGCAGAACAGACCACGGGCAGCAAACCGAUCCAUCGGCUACAGUUUCCCAAAAAGUCCGUCCUUGUGCUGGGCCAUGAGAAGAACGGCUUGCCGGCAGAAAUCAUUCGACAUCUGGACUUGAUCGGAGAGAUACCACAGUUUGGUGUUGUUCGUUCCCUAAACGUGCACGUUACAGGGGCCAUCUUUAUGUGGGAGUACGCGAAACAGCAUCACGUUGUGGCGACAGAUUGCUGAGAAUUGACAAGUUUAAACUGAUGUAAGAAUAAGAGAAAAAGUGGCCGCUACCCUGAAGCUGGCUGACACCUUUACAACUGCAACCUUUGUUAAAAUAUUCUUUGAAAUACAAUUGUUGGGAGUUUGUAUCAAAGCUCUUAUUUAUCCAAUUAUAAACCACGAUCAU